AAAUAGAAUCGCAAAAUGCCGGAAUCAAUACAAUUAGUUGGCGUGCUAUCUGGUCAUAGUGGCUGGGUCACACAAGUGGCUCCGCAUCCAUACGAUCCGGAUCUGUUGGUCUCCUCGUCGCGCGACAAGACACUCAUCUUGUGGCGUCUGACCCGUGGGGGAAUGAAUAACUAUGGCGCGAUGCUGAAGCGAAAUUAUGGACACUCGCACUUCAUUAGCGACGUGGUGCUCUCAUCGGAUGGCAACUUUGCGCUCUCCGGCUCCUGGGAUCGCACGAUUCGCAUGUGGGAUCUGACUGCCAGCGCCACGACGCAUCGCUUCGAGGGACACUCCAAGGAUGUGCUGUCGGUGGCCUUUUCGCCCGACAAUCGUCAGAUUGUGUCGGGCUCACGUGACCGCACCAUCAAGCUGUGGAACACACUGGCAGAUUGCAAGUACACCAUCAUGGAUGACUGCCACACGGAUUGGGUGUCGUGCGUGCGCUUCUCUCCCAAGCACUCCAAUCCGCUGAUAGUCUCCUGCGGCUGGGAUCGCACUGUUAAGGUAUGGGAUCUAACUCAUUGCAAAUUGCGCAAUAAUCACCAUGGACAUACCGGAUAUCUGUCGACGGUUGCCGUCUCGCCAGAUGGCUCGCUGUGCACGUCGGGUGGCAAGGAUUCAAAGGUGCUAUUCUGGGAUCUGAGUGAUGGACGCAAUCUGUAUCCGUUGGACCAUCACGAAGAGGUGAAUGCCAUGUGCUUUUCGCCCUGCCGCUAUUGGCUCUGUGUGGCCAGCGGCCCAUCGAUAGUCGUCUGGGAUUUGGCUUCCAAGAAGUCGGCAUUUGAACUCUGGCUUGAGGAUGUGACGCCAACGGCCAAAGGGGAUCUGCCACAAUGUCUUUCGCUGGCCUGGUCAAUAGAUGGACAAACACUCUUUGCCGGCUACUCGGAUAACAAGAUACGCGUUUGGCAGGUGCUAACUGGCCAGUAACCCAACGUCAACACGAAACCCAAACUCAACUAGCUGAUUUGUUUAUUCUAUGUUAAGGGACACACAUAUACAAACACAACAGAAAAUAUCACAAAUAUAAAACCCAAUAAUAUAGUCUUAAAAUAGCACAAUCGG